AUGAAUCUUGAGCAGUUGGCUUUAUGUGCCAAAAAAGGCAAUAGUUAUUAUAAAGUAAGUUCGACUAAACUGAAGAUGUUUUGUAACUAUCCAUAUUUGCAGCUCAAAUUGCUCAUCGAAAUCGAAAAACAACCCCAAUUCCAAAUGGAGGAAAUCAGCAGACAGAAAUUUAAAAACACAUUCGGAAAUUAUUAUGCAAAAGUGAGUAGAAAAAGAUCAGUAAGUUCAACUAAAAUAUUUGAAACGUAUUUUUUCCAUAAAUUUUUUUUGUGAAACAUCGCCCAUGUUAGUACUCAAAAUACUCCAAAUUUCAAGGAGAAUCUGAAAAUUUCAGAAAAUUCAUCUGAAAAUUUGAAUUCAGGCUGAAAUUGGGGUUCUUAUUUGUCGCUUACCAACUCAUUAGCUUCUUUUUUUGCUCCAAUUUCGACCAAUUUCCUAUUUUUUUGAAAGAAAUCUAACAGAAAUUGUGUCAUAAUUCUGUUCAAUUGUGAAAUAUUUUUAAUCAGAGGAAAAGGCCAAAAGCUUUUCAAAAAUUCUCUAAAUCUUUCACAUUUUUGAUGUUUUAGUGUUACAAUUCAAUUUUCAGAUAAUUGGAUAUGAAUUGUAUGCAAUUUACCAUAAUGAUCAAUUGCAUAAUCCACUUUUGAUUAUCGCUCUGACUCGACGCAGGAAUAUUCCGUUUGACAUCCUGGAACAAUCAAGAAUUAAUUAUUAUUUGAAAAAUCCAGUAAAAGUUUGUGUUAUUUGGAAUACCAUGAGUCGCGAUAUUCCCACUUUCACAGAUCAAGACGAUGAUGACUACACAGAUUUCCAAGAAUAUCGUGAUGUAAGUGAAAACAAAAUCAAACACAACAGCAACUGUAUUUUUUCAGCAAUUGAAUACAAUGGAAAUCAGUCCAAUAUUCAAAGCGCUUAUAGAUGGGAAAGUUGUGAGAAAAGAAUGUUAUGAGUUCAUAUUUUCAUCCGGUAUUGAAAGUUAUAGGUACCGUAACAAAUUCAUGAAAUCGAUUGAAACUAAAUUAUCAUCGAAAACGACGGCGAAUCAACUCAAAUCGCUUUUCAGCGACUUCAAGAAGUCACAAAAAUGA